GUCUGUGUUAUUUCUGGUGUGCUUAACAACUGAGAUUUCUAGACUGUUUUGGCGGCUUCAUUUUGUCUGCAUAGAAACUUCAGAGAGGAAUUUUAGCUUCACUCUCAUUUUUUAAAAUGGCAUCUGUAAUUGGAGAAGCUGUUGUGGGAAAGAUUUGCGAGAUGGCCGUUGAGAUGACCGUUCAGAAAUUAGCCCAAGAAGCGAAGUUGGUGGUGAAUUUUAGAGAAGACUUCAUAUGGUUAGAGCAGGAACUCAGAUCUGUAAGGGGUUUUCUGCAAGAUGCUGAUCAACAGUCUCGUCAUAAGGAGGGUGUGAAACAAUGGCUGGAAAACAUUCGCGAUAUUGCCAUGCGCGCAGAGGACAUCUUUGAAGAAUGUGCUGUAGAAUCCAUGUACCGAAACGAUGCUCAAUCUUGUGGGUUAAGUUGUAGUCAAUGUAUUUUUCACUACAGGAUAGGGCGGCAAAUUAAAGACAUCAAGGAUCGCAUGGGAUCUAUUACUGAAAAGGGCAACCAGCUGAAGCUGCGUCAUGAAGUUUUGACUGCUGAUGAAGGGCAACCGAGUACAUCUCAAAGUGUAACUGUAAAUCGGAGGAGAUCUAGUCUUUUGCCCAGAGAUUCGCACCCAGUUGGAAUACAGUGCAAAGUUGAUGACAUGCUCAGCUUGUUAGAAAACUCAGGCUUUCCAGUGAUCGUUGUACUUGGGAUGGGAGGGAUAGGCAAAACCUAUCUUCUUCAGCAUGUUUACAACAAGGUAAAAGGAAGGUACGACAAUUCUAUGUGGAUUUCAGUCUCUCAGUUCUAUUCUAUUUCCAAGUUGCAAUGUGUCAUAGCAUCCCAUUUAGAUUUAGAAGGGCACAUUAGGGACGGGGGAGAUAUCUGUACAGCUGCAGAGUUGAAUCAAGAAAAAUUGCGAGAUAAAAGGUGUCUUGUGGUGUUAGAUGAUGUUUGGGAGGUUAGUAGGGAAGAUGAUUUGUUAGAUAGACUUGGCCUCCCGAGUGGCAAUGAUAGCCCAUGCAAAAUUGUGGUUAGCACAAGAAACAAGGAUGUUUGUACAAAUUUGCAUGCCAAAAUCUAUAAGAUGCAAUAUUUGUCAGAUGAAGAGAGUUGGAGUCUAUUUUCUUUCUAUGCAUUCAGAGACUAUGCCAUACAUAGAGCGCCACAGAAGCAGCUGGAAGAGGAGGGUCGGAAGAUUGUGAAGCAAUGUGGGAAUUUACCUCUUGCUAUCAAAACGAUAGCAGCGUCUCUGGCCGACAACACAGAUCUCAGCAAAUGGGAGUCGAAGCGCCAUCAGCUCGUAAGGUUAGUUACUCCUACUGGUUCCACGAUGUACACUUUUUGGCAUCAAGGUCAAAACGGGGUCAACACUGGUAACCGUGAUCCUGUCAUGGACAUUUUAAAGCUGAGUUACGACUCCUUGCCUGCACAUCUUAAAGCCUGUUUUGCAUAUAUUUGUUUCUUUCCCGAGGAUGAGAUAAUAUAUCCCGAGUAUCUGAUAAAUCUGUGGAUAGGAGAAGGUUUUAUCCCUGCCGGAGAGGACCAAUGGGAUGUGGCAUGGGAUUGUUUAUAUCGACUUGCUAACCUGUGUCUGCUUCAACUCUGGGAAGAAGGGAAUGGUGAUGAACUAACCAAACAUUGCAAAAUUCAUGAUUUGUUGCUAGAUUUGGCUAUCCACAUAUCUAAAGAAAAUAAAUGUGCUUUUUCUGUUGAGGAUGCCUCUACAAAUACAAGUGUUGGCACUGGUUGGUGUCGGAUUUUAUUGGUCAAGAAAGAUAUAGAUGACAAUGCAAUCUCAAAGUGCCGUCCUGUUUGUCUCCGUACACUUUCACUGUAUCUGAAUAAGAAGAUGACAAGCAUCCCGGCAAAAUUGUUUACGGCUAUGAGAGGAUUGCGCGUUCUCGAUUUGAGCUGGACAGGGAUCUCUGCAUUGCCUGUGUCCGUGGGAAAGAUGAAACUUCUCAAAGUCUUGAAUUUAAGAGGGACACAGAUUAAGGAGGUACCGAAGUGUGUGAGAUACCUGAAAAGUCUCUUGUUUUUGGUCCUCUCUGGUGAUUGCAGGAAAUUACCAGUGUGGAUGAGUGAACUUAAAUGUCUUAAGCAUUUAGAAUGCUGGGGUGUUGAUCGCAUGCCGAAAGGAAUAUCAAAGCUAGUUUCAUUGAGAAAACUGAGAACAGAUUGGUUGCACCUCUCCAUAGAAGAGGAUGAAUUCAUGAGGUUAGAGGAUUUGGCGAAUAUGAAUCAGCUUCAGGAACUAUGGUUAGGAGUUAACCAUGAGAUGGAAUUGCAGAGGAUGGAAGAAGGGAUCCUUGCACAACUGGUGAAGAUGCGCCGUCUAGUACUCAUUAAUCAGAUGAGUAUUGAAAUGUCGGCGGGAUCAGAAGUUGGUCUUCCGCACAUUCCAGAGAAUAUGAGAGCAAUGAAACAUUUGGAACGUCUUGUAUUAGAGAGGUUCGGAAUGCCAAGAUGGAUAUGCGGUUUGGAAAAUUUGAGGGAAUUAAGCUUAUUACAGUGUGAAUGCAGUGAUUAUCCAGAGUUGCAGAGAAUGCCCAAUCUAGUGAUGUUGUGGAUAGAGGGGAAUAGGAAGUGCAAAGAAUUGCCAAAGGCUUUUGGAAAGUCAGGAGGGUUUCCACACCUCCGCUUCUUCGCAAUUUGGGGAUUGGAGGAAUUAGAGGAGUUCCCAGAAUUGGAGGAGGGAGCCAUGGCAUGUCUCGAGGAGUUCCGUCUACAGGCUUGCCACAAAGUUAAGAAAGUUGGAGAGGGAUUGCAGAAUUUGGAAAGACUGAAGCUAUUUAAUUAUUACAGGACAAGUGAAUUGAGGGAGACUUUCAAGGAAGGUGGAGAGUAUUGGAAUAAAAUUAAAGUCAUCAAUCCUGAGGUAACCAUUACAGAGUAAUCUUUCUGGUGAACUGCCGCCCUUUAUUGUAAUCCUUUCUUUGCAUUGAUUUGAUGAAAAAAAG